AUGGCAUCAUCUACCCUCGAAAAACUCGCUGAUGGAACUAUUUUUGGCAUUGGAAAUCCAUUACUGGAUAUAAGUGCUGAAGUACCAGUAUCAUUCCUUGAAGCAUACAAUUUGAAAGCAAAUGAUGCCAUUUUAGCAGGUAGCCAACAUAAAGAUUUAAAUGAAACUAUACUUCGUGAUUAUCCAAAUCAUCAAUUUGUUGCCGGUGGUUCAACACAAAAUUCAAUGAGAGCUGCAACCUGGAUACUUCAGCAGCCAGGCGUUUGUGUUUACACGGGUUGUGUUGGUCAAGACAAAUAUCAUCAAUUAUUACAUGAUGCAGCUUCAAAAUCAGGUCUUACAUUAGCAUAUCAAAUUUACGAAAAUCCUGCAGAACACGUACAAACUGGCACCUGCGCUGUUCUUAUUACUGGCAACGACCGAUCAUUGGUAGCAAAUUUAGGUGCUGCUAAUCAUUUUACAAUUGAUCAUUUCAAUGAUCCAAAAAAUCACGAACACGUUGAAAAGGCUAAAAUAUUUUAUACAGCUGGGUUCUUCUAUACAGUAUCUCCUGAUACUGUUAUGCGUUUAUGUGAACAUGCUGAUCAGACUAAUAAAUUAUUUUGUACGAAUUUAUCAGCACCUUUUGUUUGUGAAUUUUUCGGUGACAGAUUAAUGAAAGCAAUUCCAUAUGUUGAUUAUUUAUUUGGCAAUGAAACUGAAUCGCGAAGUUUUGCUAAGAAUCAGUUAAAUUUGGAUACUCUCGAUGUUAAAGAAAUAGCUAAAGCAUUAAGCGAACUUCCGAAAAAAAAUUCAAAACGUCCACGCGUUGUCAUUAUUACACAAGGUGCUGAUCCAACGAUUCUUGCUAUUGCUGGUCAAAAUAUUCAAGAGUUUCCAGUUAAAAAACCGUCAAAAAUUAUUGAUACGAAUGGUGCCGGCGAUUCUUUCGUUGGCGGUUUUCUUGCUUAUUUGGCUCUUGGUAAAAGUAACGAAGAAGCUAUUCAAGCUGGUGCCUAUUGUGCUUAUGAAUGUAUUCAACAAUCUGGAUGCACUUAUCCAGAAAAGCCUAGUUUUGAUGCUAAAACUUUUGUUGCUUAA